AUUAAGCUCUCCAUCGCCAAGCACCGCACCGCGUCGCCGUCCACGAUGAUGAAGAAGAGCGUGGUGAAGAAUCGCGCGCCGGCGCCCAUCCAGAUCACAGCGGAGCAGAUCCUGCUGGAGGCCAACCAGCGCAAGGAAGAGUUCGCACAGCCUCCGCGUCGCCGCAUCACGGAUGCCGCCGAGCUGGCCGAGUACCGUAUGGGCAAGCGCAAGUCUUUCGAGGACGAGCUACGAAGCCAGCGUCAUCACGUGGGUACAUGGAUGAAGUAUGCAGCCUGGGAAGAGAGUCAGGAGGAGUUCGGUCGCGCCCGCAGCGUCUUCGAGCGCGCAUUAGACGUGGACUACAAGGCCACCACGAUCUGGCUCAAAUACGCCGAGAUGGAGAUGCGCCACAAGUUCGUCAACCACGCGCGCAACGUCUGGGACCGCGCUGUGACGCUGCUGCCUCGUGUGGCUCAAUUCUGGUACAAAUAUGCAUUUAUGGAGGAGAUGUUAGGCAAUCUCAAUGGCGCUCGACGAGUGUUCGAGCGCUGGAUGGAGUGGCAGCCCGACGACCAGGCCUGGUACUCAUAUAUCAAGCUGGAAAUGCGUGCCAAGGACAUCCCACGCGCACGAGCGUUGUAUGAGCGCUACGUCAUGUGCCAUCCUGGUGAAAAGGCGUAUAUUAAGUACGCCAAGUGGGAAGAGAAGUCGCAGAAGCAGCUCACGUUGGCCAGACAAGUGUACGAGCGCGCAUUGGAAGAGCUGCGUAGUGACGAGAAGUCCGAGCAGAUUUAUCUGGCCUUUGCGCUCUUCGAAGAGCGGUGUCGUGAGCUGGAACGGGCACGAGCAGUGUUUAAGUACGCGCUGGAUACGUUGCCCAAGGAGGAGGCGCCUGCACUUUACAGUGCGUUUAUCACAUUUGAGAAGCAACACGGCGACAAGGAGAGAGUCGAAGAAGUAGUGAUUGCCAAGCGCCGCGUUGUGUACGAGCAGCAAGUGGCUGCGAACGCACUGGACUACGACUCGUGGCUCGAGUACAUCAAGCUCGAGGAGAACGAAGCUGCUGGCUCGCAAUCCUUUGGCCUCGUACGUGAAGUGUAUGAACGAGCCAUCGCCAAUGUGCCUCCUAUCCCUGAGAAGAAAUACUGGCGUCGAUACAUCUAUCUGUGGAUUAAGUACGCAUUGUUCGAGGAGCUUCUAGCAGGUGACAACGACGACAGCGGCAGCUCUUCCGAGCGCUGUAAACAGGUCUACAAGACGUGUCUGAAGCUCAUUCCACACGACAAGUUCACGUUUGCUAAGAUCUGGAUACUCUACGCCAAGUUCCUCAUCCGUCAGCGCGAUGUACAGGGAGCACGGCUGACUCUAGGUGAGGCAUUGGGGCGCUGUCCGAAGAAGAAACUCUUUACGAACUACAUCGAACUGGAGCUCAUGAUGGGCGAGAUUGACCGCUGCCGCAAGAUUUACAUGCGAUUCCUCGAAUUCGACUCGCAGAACUGCGAGACGUGGCAGAAACACGCCAUGCUGGAGCGACAAGUGGGCGAGGUGGAGCGAGCUCGAGCUAUCUACGAGCUGGCUAUUAAACAGCCGGUGCUAGAUAUGCCCGAGAUGAUCUGGAAGCACUAUAUCGACUUUGAGAUUGAGAACGAAGAGCGCGAGAACACUCGAGCGUUGUAUGAGCGAUUGCUGGAACGCACCAAGCACGUCAAGGUUUGGAUCAGCUUCGCUCAGUUCGAGGCCUCGUCAUUGGGCGAUAAGGACACGCAAGGUGAGAUCCUGGAGGCUGCGCGUGACGUGUUUGAGCGUGCGUUGCGGUAUAUGAAGGAGCAGGACGGCGAGGAGCUGAAGGAAGACCGCGUCUUGUGCAUGGAGACGUGGCUGGAGAUGGAGAAGAAGGGCGGCGACGCUAAGAUGAUCCAGAAAGUUAGCGACAUGUUGCCUCGAAAGGUUACGAAGCAGCGUAUGGCGUACGCAGAGGACGGGACGGAGUUGGGUCUCGAGGAGUACACGGACUACAUAUUCCCCGACGACGAACAGGCCCAGUCGCACCUCAAGCUGCUGCAAGCUGCGCAGCUCUGGAAGCAGAAGAAGCGCGCACGCGAAGAGGUCGCAGAGGAAGCCACAGACUAACGUUAGGUUGCUGGCAAAUUUAUCAAACGGUUAUGUCA